UUAGUAAGUGGCAAAAAACAUGGAUGGAGGUGGUGCGUACGGAGGUGGAAAAGCUGGAGCUCCGUUUGAUCCUAUUCAGUUUGUACAGCGACCACAAGUUAUUUUAAGGGCUGUUUGCCUGCUCUUUGCAAUCAUUGUAUUUGGCUGCAUUUCGUCACAAGGGUACAGAUAUGACCGGGAGGAGAAAAAGGAAGUUUGUCUUUACAAUAAAGAUAAUAAUGCCUGUAAUUAUGGAGUUGGCAUUGGAGUCAUUGCUUUCUUGGCAUCAAUAGGAUUUCUUGUGGGAGAAUUCAUGUUUGAACAGAUGUCAUCAGUGAAAACAAGAAAGCACUACGUUCUUGGGGAUUUGGGAUUUUCAGGCUUUUGGGCUUUUUUGUACUUUGUUGGUUUCUGCUACUUGGCAAACCGAUGGAGCAAUUCUGUUACGCCAGAGGGUGGUUUUGGAGUGAACAAUCUUCAAGCUGCAAUUGCUUUUUCUUUUUUUUCUAUCUUCACUUGGGCUGGAUGUGCUUGGUUUGCAUUUCAACGCUUCCGCCAAGGCACAGCUGCAGCUUUUGCUCCAAGUUAUGAGGCAGAUCCAGGCUCCAUCCCUGGUGGAGCCCCAUAUGCUUCAUAUCCUGUUGGACAAGAAGGUGAUGGAGGGUACCAGGAACCUCCAUUUUCCGGUAACCAAACCAGAGGAGUAAUUGGCACAGAUUUCCAGGCUCCUGCAUAUUAAAUCUUCUGGCAACAUGAAUGUAGUAGUGAAGAAACCAUGUGUCAUACUUAACAUUUUUUUUUUCUCCAAAACACAUUGCUGGAAAUUGAAGUGUUCGAAAUGUGGUUGAUAAUCCAUAGCUGCUAUCCAAUAGCAUCAUUUAGAAAUGAUUUUGGACCGGAUUGUCUAUCUGAAGAAGAAUAGGAAAUGUUGGCAGAAAGGCAGGGUAGAAGAGCGCCGUAAUUGAUACAAAAUUUCGUGUAAACCAAUAUUUUCACUGGGAAAUGGGAGUUUUGUUCUGGAAGAUUUUUCAUAAAAAAAUAUUGGCAUUGCUGCAUACCCUGUGUGUGAAUUUUGUUCUGUUGUGGAUAAUGUCCGAAGAUACAUAUUCCAAUUUCUUGAGGUAAUUUACAUUCAAGAGCUGUGCUCAUUUAUUUGUGCUGCAGUUUUUUUGGCAGUGAAAUGAUAUAAAUACUGAAAUUUUGAAUUAUAAAUACAGUAUGUUGUAAAUUCUGUGUGUCGUACUUAAUCUUGCUCUUUUGAAUCUAAUGAUUACUUAUGGCCAUCAGGUAAUUUGUUGUGCAAGUUUAAUUUCUAAGUCAUAGUGUAUGGUUCGUUGUUUUAAAUUCUUUUUCAUGGACAAAUCUAUGCCUUUGAAGUAGAAACAGUAAUAUCCAUUGUAAAUAUGCGACUUUGGUGGAGACAGUGUUGUUUGCUGUUGUUUCGGACUUCACACAGUAUUAGCUGUGUUCAUAUUUCAUGUAGAAAGCAGUUGAAAGCAGGCAGCAUGCUCUGUUCACUAUACCCAUUACAGUAGGAGCUGAGUUAUACACUUUGGGUAUUCUCAUAUUGUUAUGAAAACAGAUCUUGUUAUUGCCUGGUGAGACAUAGUCAGCUCUUGUGGAUCAAGUUAAACAUCUUCUUUGGACAUUGUCCAUGGUCUAGAUGAAAACUGUGUUGGGUGUUUUGGUAACUGGCUCUGUUUGAACAAGUCUGAAUAUUAACUCCCUUAAAAUUAUUAAACUAUGGCCACAUAACUUCAGAACCAUAGAUGUCAUUAUGUUUUGUACCCUUCCUUAGACUAAUUAGUUGGUAAAAUGACUCUAGACUGAGGAACCAGGAUUUUAUCCCAGUCCGGGUAUUGAGAUUUUUAACUUCAGUUUCCUAGAUUGGCUCUUAUGUACUAUCCAGGGAUGUAUCCUUCAAGAGUACAGGCAGCUGACACUUAAUAUAAAUGUUGAAGCAUUGAGCUCUUAUAUAUGUGGAAUUAUAUUUGUAGACUGUCUGGUUGACCUGCAUAAUGUGCAGUUAGAGGACAUUAAUUUACAUGUCUCUUAAUUCUGUAUUGUUUCAAACUACUACAUAAUAGUGCAGAUGUGUCACUAAACCUGAGGCUUAAUUGUUAAGCCUGGGAUUGGUCUAGACAUAUCAUCAUACUCACUGGAUCAGAAAAAGAAGGCCCAGAAAGGGAGUACAACCUCUGUAGUGAUAAGUUUCUGGGUGUCUUACCUGUGCAUUGUCCCACAUUUUGCCUGCAGUUACCCAGUUUUAUAUUGCAGUGACUGCUGGCUUAUGUCAGUGUUCUUAUGUCCAUGACAUGUACCCAGUCUUUCCUAGUAGUAAUUGUUGUUCUGUGCCGUCUGCCAGCCUGGUUGUAUUAGAAGUUGGAGUGCUUAGGCAACUUUGAUGAAUGCAAUUUUAAGUGUCAGCUAAGAAAAGAAGUUGAUGUGACAAACAUGCAGUCAGUCUGUUCCCCCUUUUCUUUUUGGACCAUGGGUUUUGACCACCACUUGCAGAGGCAUGUUCUUAACAUGCCCUGUUUCUCACAAAACAGCUAUGUAUUGCUUUCUAGUCUUAUGUGAGCCAUCAUACUUUUUUAUUUUUGUUGUGUUUUUGUUUGUUUGGAUCCUUUUUUGUUCAACUAUAUCGUGAACUUGUGUAAAGAAAUAUGUAUAUUCAAAGAAACAUUAUAUGUAAAGAAAUAAAGUUAGUAUGAUGAUUUGUCUGUUGAUGUUGUGUGCACAUUUUUGUAUGUAUUGCAGAGCAGUUUAAGGUGAUACUAUAGAGGACACUGUUAUAGACAACUUGUCAUUGGAUGUCAUUUUGCAAGCCAUAUUAUGAUGUACAAACACUGCUAUUUAUUUGCAUUACCAAAGAUUUUAAUUUGACACUGAUGGUUCAUGUCAGUUGGUAGGACUGUGUUCACAAUUUGUGUGACUGACAACGAAGCCAACUUAUGACCUACCAGGUUCACAUGUAGCAGAAAGACAUUAACAUACUUUUGCCCCAAAGGUACUGCAGCAAUUUAAUUUCUGUGAAAAAGAAAUAAAAGGAUGGAGAAUACUCUCUUCUGGAAUGUGGAAGGAUUUUUACCCACCUGUUUGUUAGCUUCUGGGUGACUAUGUACCCCUAAAGUUUACCCACAGUUACGUUUACCGUCUGUUGAAUCUGAGAAGCAGAGACAUCUAGCUCGACAUAUAGGAUGUGUUUGAAAGGUGAGAGAAGUUGUACCUGAGGAAGAAAUGCACCAAAAUAUGAAGAUUGCUAAAUGAGAAUAUGUGGAUCCUCAGUUAAAACCUGAAGUUAUGUACUAGCAAUAUAUUAUCUUUAUCAGGAGAGGAUAACCUGAUAGGAAGAAAUCAGGACACACAUGGUUGAUCGUGAUGAUUGGUAACCCUGAGGACAAUAAUAUGAAGUGCCCCUGUUGGAGCCUCUCUUCCCUUAUUGCUCUGUUGUGGGAUGUCAUGUAAGCAUGCGACAUACAUAGUGUUAUGUCAGACUUUAUUAUACUCAUAUGUACUGAGAAUUAAAUGUUGAUUGUUUAUUUUGAAUAACUUAUGUGAUGACAAAUGUUUUUAUUAAGCAGAAGAGUCAGUUUUCAAUUUUUUGGUGAUUGCCUUGUCAGUAGUUCCUAAAUUAAAUGAUCGUUACAGUAAAGAAACUGGCACUUUAUUUAUAUGAUGGGAAAUUUAAGAGGUCAGCUUUCUGUUCUUUGGUUUCAGUAAUGGGAAUUCUCAUUUUGUUAUUCAUGUUCUUAGUGUCAGUACUGCAAGGUACAGUUCAUACAAUACCAUGUGUGGUAUGAGUGUUAGUUUUGUUUGUCAACAGCUUGACAUUGCAGUUCAGGGUUGUCCACUUAUUUUGAGUCCCAAGUUUUUCACACAUACACAGUCUUCUGAAAGUAGACUGUAAAGUUCCUCGUAGUUUUAUUGUGAGUAAUUCAUUCUAGUAUUUAUAUUACACAUACGUGAAUAAAACUGGGUGGCAUUCAUGGAAACACCUUCUAUGUCAGUGGCUGUAUGCUAUCACUAUUUAUUUUUCUUGUGUGUAUGCAACAUUCCAAUGGGUGUCUGUUAUGGGACUGAAGUUGAUGAGGAUACCUUCAUAUCCGUUACACAUUGUGCAGGGUUGUAGUCCUAGAAAUAUGAGUGCUGAGGCAGUCUGGAACAAGUUUCCAGGUAAAAAUAAUUGUCAUGAAUCAUGUUGUAAGGCUGUUCUUGUUGUUACUUAUCAAUAACUUUGUACUUUUAGAUGCAGAACUGAAUAACAAACAGCUCAUGAAGUGCACAUACAUAAGGAGACUGAUGCUUUUGCCCCAGAUAGAGGGGCUGGAAAUUCAAUAAGCUAAAAUUUAUUUAUACUUCAUAUUAUUGUUCUUAAAAUGUGCCAGAGCAAUGCUGUGGCACUCAGAAAAACACUUGGGCGCCUCCCUGGCUUGACUGCAGUUCUGCCAUUAUGCAACACUUCACACAUUCAUGGGAGGGUGUUUACAUCAAUUUUAUAGGUUGAACCAUGUACAUUACUAUGUUAAAUAUAUAUGUAUACUGUAUCAAGAAUACUGGUCCGCAAGUAGUCAGCAUUACUUUUGAGAGAGCAAGGAGUCACAGAAUUGGUACGGUACAAGUGACAGUGUUGACUGCUUAUGGACAGGUGAACUGAUAUAAACUGGAGAUAAUGGAAUACUACUACUGAUGCUGCUGCUAGUACCACCACCACUACUGUUGCUGCUGCUGCUACUGCUACUACUACUACUACUACUACUACUACUAAUAAUAAUAAUAAUAAUAAUGACCAGUCAGGAUGUGCCAGCAUGUUGAUGUUAUAGGAUUUAAGAAUUGUCAUUAAGGCAUGAAAGUUUAAAAUGUUAAUAUGUGUAAUGCUGAAGCAUGUUGUUGAGUCUUCUUGUUUGAAAGAACCAAGACAAAUCAGAAGCAUUACCUCAUGCAGAGCAAUAAGACUACACUUCACUCGUUCAUUUUAUUUCUCUUUGCUUAGUUGUGGACAUGCAGUGUUGAGAACUUGGUACUGCCUGAUGUUCAAGAGUCAGGAAAAUCUGUGAUUUUGACUUGACUCCCUUGGCUCAAUAUUCCUGAGUCAUUACAUUGUGCUUUAGGUAAUUGUGUGUCAUGACAAUUAGAAUUCAAGCAUCUUUCUACUUAUUUAACAAUAUUUAACAAAAUUUGGUAUCAGCAGUCAGAUUUUUGUGGUCCUGUUUUGUCAUCUCAUCAGUUUGUGCUGCCGUUUGUUAAAUUGUUGCCAACUUGAUGUUCUUCAUAUUCCUUUAUAUUUGUUAUAUAUUGUUUUUUUUGUAUAUGUCUCAGUAUUUAAUUUGUCACUCAUGCAUUUAUGUUAUUUGUUCUUAAAGUGCUGUUAAUUUAUUAUUAUUAUUAUUAUCAUCAUAUAAAUGAAAUAAGUAACAAAACAUUAAGAAUAACAUGAGCAUCAGACAAGCCUAAAAAGUGAUUCAUAAGUUGGACAUUUUCCAUUAACUUGUAUUGAUUGAGGCAGCAUGUUAAAAUCUGGCUUUGCUUCCAUCAUGAGGUAAAAAUGAAAAACCUGUUCUGUUUGGUCCACCAGAGGGAGCUAAUGUCUAUUUCUGAAUAUGCCCAUUUCAUACUUUUCCAGAUGACAGAAGCAGAGCCAUCUUUCAAAAUGUUUGUCCUCAACCAAAACAAGAUAACAGAAAUUGUCCGAAAUAUAAGUCAGCCUUUCAUGGACACAGUCUAGUUCUGUAUGCAUGAAUACAUAUAUACAAUCUUACAGUAUAUGUUUGGUAUCUAAUGAGAUACUGGUGUAUAUUUUGGUGAGCCUCCACAUGGAAAUGAUUGAGAAUCAUAGAUCAGUGACUCCGUGGUUUAGACGUAACUUCCAAGUUCUUGUAGAAUAUUUGAUAAAAAAGGUUAAUUGAAUAUAAGCAUUUCUUUACCUCAGAGAAGAUCUGCCUGCUCCUCAUCUUCUGUGGUAUUGUUUGUAUGGUACAUUGAUCCAUGACACAAUACUGUACUGUAUGGAGUCAGUUUGCUGUGAUGGGCCCAAGUGCAGCUUCUGAUGGUUAAUGUACUCGUAUUGUUGUCCUAGCUUUACAUAAUAGUUCUCUCAUCAGUGUUUAUUAUAGAAAGACACUCAGAAUUUGACACUGGCUGAAUUAAUUGUCUAUGGGGAUUCACCCUUGGUUUUUUAAUGUUUUUUGUACCUGCAGGUGAUUUCAACUGUUUUUAGAAGUAGCCAGUUAAUUUAAUGACAUCACUAUAUUGUUUCUAAACCUUACUGCAUAUUAUGAAUUAUGAACAAGCUACAGGUUGGAUGACCAAGGGAUCAGUGUUCUAUUAUCAGCAGGGGAAGAAAUUUUUCUGUUCUCCACAGUGUCCAGACCAGCUCCAGGACCUACCAAUCUUCAUAUUCAGUAGGUACCUGGGGGCUCUUUCCCUGUGCAUAAAGCAGUUGCGUUAUACCUCUGUUCCCCAUUUGUCUUUAUGGCAUGGUGCUUAAUUAAGCAGGGGGGACAACUGCCAUUACAGUAAGAUUAUUGUUACUGAGUUACUGCUCAACACUGCAGAUACAUGUAUGUGUACUUACUUUCUAAUGAAUCCCAGUUGCUGAAUGAGAUAGUGUUGUGAAUUUGUUGCAGUUCCAUUGAGAGUAAUGUUAUAAUAGGAGUGUUCCAAUAAACUAGAAAUGAGUAAUAUUUAUGUAAUACGAAUAUAUACAUAAAUGACAUGUAUUAUUGAUAUAGGUUAUCAAAGAAAAAAGGAAUUCAUAUUUAUGGCUACUUCAAAAAACAUUUAGAAGUAGGGUAAAGAAAGUAAUUAUCGCAGAAGUUGUAGUUUCAUCUAUAUUGAGUUGUAUUGCUGAGUGAUGUUUUAUGUUAUGUAAUUUUUGUAUGUUGCCAGAGUCUUAAUUGGCCUUGCCUAUCAAUCAAAGAUUGUUUUGGUACAGUGCUGUGUUGUACCAUUGUGACUUGAUCAUAGAACAACAAAUAAAGUAUAAGUGUUUAAA